GUACUUUUGGAGUGUUUAAUUUUUAUUUUUCAUAUCACAGAGAAGCUGUUUCCUUGAUCAAGAUGUUUAAAAUACGUAGAGCUAAGGAUGAGGAGCCAACGGCUCCUGGCCAGGUGAAAAUUAAAAAGCGGUCAAAAGUGCCAGGAGUUAUGAUUACUCAAUAUGUGGAAGAACUUCCUGAAGGCAUGACCACCCCAGAUUUUACUCGGAAACCUAUUGCUCUAACAAUACAAGAAGGAAAACUGGCAAUCUUCAGAGCUGUGAUUAUUGGUAAACCAACACCAGUCGUGACCUGGAUGAGAAAUGAUGGGGAAAUUGAUCAAGAAAGGUGCAAAAUCACCCAAGACGAGAAGUCUGGAGAAUACAUGCUACAAAUGCCCGAUGUAAGCGUGGAUCAAGCUGACACCUACAAGUGUUAUGCCAGAAACGACUUUGGAAAAGCUGUUGUGACUGCUACACUUAAUGUUAUUGAGGUUGGAUAUAAAAAGAACAGAGCCUUGCAGGCAUCAAGAACAGCUAUCCGAGAGACACCCGAGGACUUCAAAAAGGCCUUGAAAAACAAAAUUGAUGUAGAGGCGAAAGAAGAGAAGAAACCAGAGAUUGAUGAUACGUUUUGGGACAUAUUAAUGAGUGCUGACAAGAAAGAUUAUGAAAGCAUCUGUGCCAAGUAUGGCGUCACUGAUUUUCGUGGGAUGCUGAAAAAGCUAAAUGAGAAGAAGGUUGAAAGGGAGAAAGAGCAAGAAAAGGUCGUUGAAAGGCUGUGCAACCUAAAGCCUAUUGAACUGAAUCUCGAUGGCAAUGCAGAGUUUGAGCUUGAAAUGUCACUUAAAGACCCUACAAGCAAAAUCUUCUUAUUCAAGGAUGGAGUCAUGAUCCCAUUUGAUGCAGACACAGAGGUUAAACAUGGACUGAGGCAAGUGGGAAAGAAGUUCAUGUUUAGCAUCAAUGGUGUUGAUCCUGACGAUGUAGGAUUAUACCAAGUUGAAGUGGAUGGAGUCAAGAUCUUCUCAACAGAUUUCAAACUUCCCCCUGUAGAGUUCCUUGUCAAGAUUCAAGACGUCAAAGCAGAGGAAAGGGAGGAUGCUGUUUUUGAGUGUGUUAUCUCACAACCCCUGAAAAAGAUAUCUUGGAUGGGAAAAAAUAUCCCUCUUGAACAAGGGGAAAAAUAUGACAUCCUCGUGUCAGAGGACAUGUUGAUUCAUACACUGGUGGUAAAAGAUUGCCUUCCAUUGGACAAAGGAAUAUAUGCUGCAGUGGUUGGAAUGGCAUCCUGCAGUGCUUGGCUUGUAGUGGAAGCUGAUAAUGAUCCAAAUUCAAAAGGGAAGAAAAAAGCUCGGAAAACAACCAGAGCAGGAGGAGGUGGAGCUGAGCUGCUGAAGAUUGCUCAGGAGCAGCAGGCUAAGGUACAACAACAGAAGGAUGAAUUAGUUUCAAAACUAAAGGCAGAGGCAGAAGCAGCUGCGGCUGCAAAAGCAGAAGCUGAAGCCAAAGCUAAAGCAGAGGCAGAGGCCAAAGCUGAAGCCUUGGCUAAAGCUAAGGCAGAAGCCAAAGAAAAAGCAAAAGCAAAGAAAAAGGCACUGUCAGAAGAACAGGCAGGUGAAAAGACAGGGGAAAAGAAAAAGACAAAGAAAAAGACAAAGGCAAAGGUAACGGCAGAAGGAGGAGAAGGUGAAGCAGGAGCAGCUCCUGCUGAAGACGCGGAACAGGAAGAAGAGGAUGAAGAGGAUGAGGAGGAGGAGGAGAUGGAAGAAGAUUUGGAACCGGGACAAAAAACAAAGGAAGGAGAAGCUUCUGCAGAGGGCGCUGAGGAUGAAGGGGAAGGGGAGCCUACUAAAGAGAAAAAAAAGAGAGUAAGAAAAGGCCCGCUCGUCCCGGACACAGUCAUUGACCCGGGAGUGUAUUUCACCAGUGGUCUGUCAGAUGUAGCUGCCAUUAUUGGUACUGAUGCAGAACUGGUCUGCAGGCUGAACAGUGAGGAGUGUGAUGGAAUCUGGUACAAGGAUGGGAAUGAGAUUACAGCUUCAGAAAAUAUCUGUAUUGUUAAAGAUGGGACCUAUCGCAAACUUAUUAUUAAAAACUGCACAGAAGAGGAUGCUGCAAAGUACCGAUGUGAGGCUGAUGGCCGUAAAACAGAGGCUGUGCUGAAAGUUGAAGAUCCACCAAGAUUUAACGCUGAUGAUCUUGCUGAGUUAAUAAAACCUGUCACAAUCAAAACUGGCAAAGAUGCAGCCUUCAAAGUUACAUUUGUUGGCCGGGAACCACUGAAGAUACAGUGGUACAACGAGGGAGAAGAGCUUUAUGAGGACACCAAUAUCAAGAUUGAGAGGUCUUCCACACACAGCCGUCUGGUGUUAACCAAGUGCAAUCGCAAAACAACAGGAGAAAUUAAGAUCAAGAUUAAGAAUGAAUGCGGAACAACUGAAGCCAUCACACAGCUUGUUGUACUAGAUAGACCAACACCACCCAUGGGCCCUGUGGAUAUCAUUGAAAGCUCCUCAACUUGCAUUGAUUUCAAAUGGAGGCCUCCCAAAGACAACGGAGGUUCUCCUAUAACAGACUACAUCCUUGAGCGCAAUCAAAUUGGCCGAAACAGCUGGAAGAAAUUAGGCAAGAUUGGCCCAGAGCCCAAAUACAGGGACACUGAUGUGGAUCAUGGCAGAAAGUACUGCUACCACAUCAUUGCAGAAACUGAUCAAGGCACCAGUGAAAUGAUGGAAACUGAUGACAUUCAGGCCGGUACAAAAGCAUUCCCUGGACCUCCCUCUACACCAAAAAUUGUAAGUGCUUUCAAAGACUGUAUCAAUCUUGCUUGGACUGCACCCACCAACACUGGGGGAACCAACCUUUUGGGAUACAAUGUUGAGAAACGUAAGAAUGGAAGUAAUAUUUGGAGCCAAGUCAACCCACCAGAUGAGCCCAUCAAAGAGAAAAAGUAUGCAGUGAAGGACGUUGUUGAAGGCAUUGAGUAUGAGUUCCGCGUAUUUGCGAUCAACAUUUCUGGUGCUGGAGAGCCAAGUUCACCUUCUGAAUUUGUCUUCGCGAGGGAUCCAAAGAAACCUCCUGGCAAAGUUAUUGACUUAAAAGUGACAGACUCCACAUACACCACCUUAUCACUUGGCUGGACCAAACCCAUUGAGGAAGAAGGGGUCCAAGAUGAGGCUAAGGGAUACUUUGUGGAACUGAGACCAGCAGAAAACCCAGAAUGGUGUCGCUGUAACUCCAGUGCUAUCAUUAUGACCUCUUACACCAUCAUGGGUAUGAAGUCUAUGGCUAUGUACUGGGUGAGAGUUUUAGCAACCAAUGAGGGUGGAGAUGGUGAGCCUCAAGAGCUGGACAACUACAUCAUUGCAAUGCCUCCUCCAGUGAGACCACAAUUCACUGACAAAAAAAUGAAGAACUUCAUGGUGAUGAAAGCUGGAAACUCUGUUCGAAUCAACUUUAACUUUGUGGCCUCACCCAUGCCUGCUAUUAAUUGGCUCAAGGAUGGACUUCCUGUGCCCAAAUAUGUAACAGUGAGCAACACGGACACAUCAUCACAGCUAAUCAUCGCUGCAUCUGAACGUCAUGACUCUGGGAUCUACACAAUCAUUGUCAAGAACCUUGUUGGUCAAGAGACCACUAGUGUAGAGAUAAGGGUCACAGAUGACCCAAAGCCUCCAGGCCCUGUGGAGCUUGAUGAGAAUGUGCCGGGAACAGUGACAGUCUCCUGGACUCCCUCUCCAGAUGAGAAGAAAGAUGACAGGCUGCACUACAUGGUCACCAAGCAUGAUUCUGUGAAACGUUCUUGGCAUACUGUGGCAGACCACCUCUUCAAUAAUAAGUUCACUGUUGCCAAUAUCAUGCCUGGAAGGCAGUACAAGUUCCGGGUCUACGCCAAGAAUGAUAUGGGAACUUCGAAUCCCUCUGAGUCAGCACCAUGGGAAGUGAAAAGAAUUAAAGAGACAUUUACUUUGAACCUUCUUGAAAGUAAGGACUGUUGCUUUGAGGCGCCGCCUGCAUUCUCUGUUCCACUAAAACUGCACAAUAGCCCAGAGAGCUAUGAGUGCUACAUGAGCUGUGCCGUGACAGGAAACCCCAGACCCUAUGUCACCUGGUACAGAAAUAACAUCAGCCUCAACACCAACACCAACUACUACAUCACUAACACAUGUGGAGUCUGCUCCAUGAUGAUUCUCAAAGUUGGUUCAAAAGACAGUGGAGAGUACACGGUCAUUGCUGAAAACCCUCUGGGCAGAGUGGAGUGUUCUACCAAGCUCGUUGUUAAAGAUUAAAGUUUUGCAGUUCGCCUGAACUCAUCAAGAUGCAGGUUUACGUUAAGGAUGAGGGGAUGGACAUAGACAGCUCUUACUGUAACACCCAAGAGAAACUUUAAAAG